CGGUAAUCCAGAAGAAGUUUCCCCUCAGUUAGGGGGGAGCUCCACUUUGAAGCAGGAGACUCCACAACCACCCUGCAUUAAAAAGGAAGAGGAGGAACUCUGCAUCACUCAGGAGGGAGAGUGUCUUCUAGGACGAGAGGAAGCUGAUUACACCAAGUUUCCACUGAGUAUUCUCUCUGUGAAGACUGAAGAUGAUGAAGAGAGACCACAAGUAGACAACCUCUUAGCUCCACUAUCAGAUAGUGAGGCUGAAGACGAGAUUGAAGUAACUUUGAGCAGCGAUACAGACUGUGAAGGUGAUAUGAGGACUCACACUGACAACAAACACUCUGAAUGCUCUACAAAGAAGAGAGGUAAAACAUGUUUGAGCUGCUCAGUUUGUGCUGAAAGUUUUACUAAAAAGAGCAGUUUGACUCUACACAUGAGAACACACACAGGUGAAAAACCCUUUAAUUGUUCAGUUUGUGGCAACAGCUUUUCUGGAAAUGGCUCAUUGACUCAACACAUGAGAACACACACAGGUGAAAAAACAUUUAAGUGUUCAGUUUGUGGCAACAGCUUUUCUCAAAAUAGAAAGUUGACUCGACACAUGAGAACACACACAGGUAAAAAACCCUUUAAUUGUUCAGUUUGUGACAAAAGCUUUUUUAAUAAGAGCAUUUUGACUCAACACAUGAGAACACACACAGGUGAAAAACCCUUCAAUUGUUCAGUUUGUGCCAAAAGCUUUUCUCAAAAUAGCAAUUUGACUCAACACAUGAGAACGCACACAGGUGAAAAAACAUUUAAGUGUUCAGUUUGUGGCAAACGCUUUUUUAAUAAGAGCAUUUUGACUCAACACAUGAGAACACACACAGGUGAAAAACCCUUUAAUUGUUCAGUUUGUGGCAACAGCUUUUCUAUUAAGAGCAUUUUGACUCGACACAUGAGAACACACACAGGUGAAAAAACAUUAAAGUGUUCAGUUUGUGGCAAAAGCUUUUAUUUUAAGAGCAUUUUGACUAAACACAUGAGAACACACACAGGUGAAAAACCAUUUAGUUGUUCAGUUUGUGGCAAAAGCUUUUCUAUUAAGAGCAAUUUGACUCCACACAUGAGAACACACACAGGUGAAAAAACAUUUAAGUGUUCAGUUUGUAGCAAAAGCUUUUCUUUUAAGAGCAGUUUGACUAAACACAUGAGAACACACACAGGUGAAAAACCCUUUAAUUGUUCAGUUUGUGGCAACAGCUUUUCUCAAAAUAGCCAUUUGACUCGACACAUGAGAAUGGUGUGGGAGGGACUAAGUCCACCAUGGUAUGUCUACCAUCCUGAGUCUGCUUCGUCGUUCUGGAGCGGUGUUGGUGGUCGUUCUUGA